AUGUCGUGCCUUACUCCCCUUCUGAGAUCACCUAGUCGUUCAUCUUUACUUCCUGCUGAACUCGCUCAGAUUCACUUAAAUAUCUCUCAAAACUUGUUAAGGGAAGCGCAAUUAUUGGCUCAGGUUGACGCGAUCGAAGCCGAGUGUCAACAAGCAGAAUUAGAACAUCGCUCAAUCUUACAAGAAAUCAAUUCCAAUCUCACAGACGAAACAAUUAGUAAAUUCGAUACACCAAUCUCAACCAUCUCAACCAUCCAAGUACCAUCACCUCUCAUACCACCUUUACCAUCUCCUAUGGCUCCUCCUUUAUCAUCAAGAGGUCCAGUGAUGAUACCAGUAGGUGAAAGUAAAGAGUUAUCACCAUCAGCUUCAUCGCUUUUAAGAUCUUUAUGGGCUAAGAUUGGUUAUGAAGGAUCAGCUUUUUCUGGUAUGCAAGUCGAAAUUUCUAAAGAAUUAUCUCGUGCGGAUUUUGCUAGGUUUGAAAGACAGAUGCUUUUAAUAGCAGCAGAAGAUAGAACCUUCAAAACAUUAAUGUCAGAAAGAGAAAUAGCUAAAAAUGCCAUUCAAUCAGCACAAAAAGGAGUAGAAAAGAUUGUCCUUGCAAAAGACAAAGAAGUUCAAAAAUCAAAAGCGUUGAAUGAAGAACUAGAAAGAUUAGAUCAAGAAAGAAUUUCAGCAUUUAGGUAUGCCAAAAAUGCCGAAGAACAAGCUGCAAUAGCUAAUUUGACGGCUAAAGCUGCUACUGCAGUUGCAGUUAGUGCAGUAAACUCACAUCCAAAUACACCACGUCUUUCUUCAUACCACAACCCGAAUUUAACUUCUUCUUCUUGGGCUUCACCAAGCGCUUCCUAUGCUCAUUCUUCAUCUUUGGCUAGUCGGUCUCCUUAUCCAAAUCAUUCAAACAUACCAAGCUCUAGUUCUUAUAAUACUGGUGUUGAAUCUGGUUGGAGUUUAGAUGAUGAACAAAAACUAAUAGCCAAGAUGAAAGAAAGAAAAAAAGAAAAGAUGAUUUCAGAAGAAAGAAGAGCGUUGAAUGAGAGAAUGUAUUCUAGAUUAGAACUUGAAAAGUUAGGUGCAAACUUGCCUAGUGUUUCACGUAAUCCAUCACCUUCUUCAAAUCAACAGUAUCAUCACGAUCAUCCUCCAACCCCCAAAAAAGUAGAUUGGAAUAAUCCAUUGAUAGGUUCUAGUAGUACUACCGCCAAAAGAUAUUAG